CUCCCCUCACUGUGUUCAAGCCGUCAUUCGAGUCUUCCCGCCUCACAUGAGCAGCCCCUCAGAGGCAUCCCCCAACCCAGAGGUGACCCUCCCUCUCCCAUCGCACGCCAAUGAAGACGAGCCGCCGCCUCCAGACACCGAUCUGGCGGCCAGGAGAAAGAACAAAUCCAAGAAGAAGACACGACACACACGAAAAGGCAGCUUCCGAGCGAUGACGGAGGCCAUUGAAAAGGCAGCUUCCGAGCGAUGACGGAGGCCAUUGGGAGCCGACUUGUUGGGGGCGGUGCAGGGGAGGUCGGCAAGGACCAAGGACAUGACCCAAGAGAGGCGACUUCAGCCCAGCGGCACAGCAGGGGGUCGGAGGCUGUCUUCUCGCCGAUUGAGGCCGGCAGGAAGAGAAGCAAAAGCAAGGUCAGGCAAUUAAGGGAUCACACUGAUCGAACAACGGCGUCAGCCCCUCUAUUGCGCAUCCCCCAUGAGUGCAUUCAAUGCAUGCAGGUCAUGCAAUACGUCGUCGGCGCUGCGGCUGACAACAGCACACCGGCCACAUCAUCAGCAAAGAAGACGCCCCAAAACAGGCGCAUCCGAUUCAGCUUCGGCCUGUUCGGCAGAGGCAAGGAGCAGAGCACGGAGACCUUUCCCCUGCCAGCACACACCGAUGGAUCCCCACAAGACGACACAGGACAGAAGCAGGCAGCCGAGAGAGAGAGGAGGAAACCUGUCGCCCUCAUGGCCUUGGAGAAGCAGCUGAGCAUCGACGAGAAGGAGAGGGAACAGCCAAUGGACCCGAGCAAGAUGACGCUCGGCCAGUGGAAGGCCUUCGCCACGCGGACGAAGCGGCAACAGAGUUUGCUCAUGGGAGAUCAGCCUAUCAAGUGGAUCAACACCACUCAGGCGAGCCUCGUCUUUGGCGGUUUCAUCAUUGCCAACGCCAUCGUGCUGGGGUGAGGGAUGGAUGGGAUGAGACACACAUGCCGUAAGAAUGCACAAGAAGGCACAAUGGGUCAUUAUGUUUCCUUUGGUCAGGUUGGAGUCCGACUAUGGCGGAGGGGAGUCGAGACAUUUGGGAUGGUACCUCACGGUGGGUGGGUGAGACACGGCCAAAGGCACUUCACUCCUACCAUACCAAUCAAUGUGGGUCGCUGCCUGUGUUGGUGCAGGAGAGCUUCUUUAUAGUGAUUUUCCUGCUCGAGAUAAUCCUGCGCGUCUUAGCAAAUGGAUGGAAUACCUUCAAAGGUGGGUGGCUGCACGUAGAAAGAGCCACAAAAGACCUGGCUGUCAUCAUUGCAUCUGUGUGCGCUCUCCAGAUCCAUGGAACGACUUUGAUGCCAGUGAGGAAUCCCUUGGUCACUUACCUUUUCUUGCCGUGGCGUAUCGCUUUUGUGUCCUCUUGCGUGCCACUUGCACAGUUUUGAUCGUUCUGGCCAUCCUCGACACUUGGAUUCUGACUUGGGUGGUCGAUCCAGCCGAAUCAGGAGAGAGCAGUAGUGUCCUGGGAAUCAUCACACUGCUCAGGGUGAGGGGAGGGGAACACACUUUGAAGACUCGGCCACAGAAUGAUCCUGUUGCGUGUUUGUCCACAGGUCCUUCGGCUGAUGCGUCUUGCUCGGAUUCUUCGCCUGUUUCGCGUCUUCAAAGAGCUCUUCAUGCUGCUCAGAGGUACCCUGCAGCUGCCACCAGCCAUUCACCCGGUUACAGCUUCCUUCUUUCACUCUGUCUUGGCGCAGGUUUGGUGAAUGCUGCUCGUGCGCUGUCGUGGGUGGGGUUCCUCCUCACAAUCAUAUUCUACGUGUGUGCCGUCUAGUGAGCAAUAUGUGCACACACUCACAGACGGGUGGAUCAACACAGCAUAAGUACAGGUCUCUGCGUUUGUGUGUCUCUCAAUCCUCUCGACGCAGCACAACUCGUACAAUUGGCAGCAGCUCGGUUUUUUAUGACGAGUACGAGGAUGACGUCUAUGAGUGGUGGGCAGACAGGCAGACAGGCAGGCAGGCAGGCAGGCAGAGAGAGAAGGAGACAGCAAGCGGGUUACGCACCCGGUCUCUGUGUGGACAUGUGUAGGUUUGGUACGAUGGGCAAGUCAUUCCUCACUCUGUUUCAGCUCAUGACGCUCGAAGGAUGGCCGGACAUCGGCAGUAAGCAACACGGAUGCCCGCUACACGGCCCAUUCAGAUGAAUGCAGAGACCAAUUACCGCUGUGUGUCGCUCGCCUUGUGUGCAGGGGCUGUUGUCGAGAAAUCGCCAUGGCAGGCGUAAGCAAGAAAGCGACAGGCAAAGACAUGGAUGGUCCGCCUGAUUUCCCUUGGACGGACAUCCACAUGCGCUCGUGCAGGGUCUUCAUUGUGGUCUUCAUCCUCCUUACGCAGUACUGCAUGCUCAACCUUGUCACUGGUAUCAUCGUCGAGAACUUCAUGGACACGGCGAGGUCUCAGCAGACACAGAUGCUCAAGCAGAUAGAGGAGGAGAAGAAAAACGUCAUCGAGGACCUCACCGCCAUAUUUGUGUUCGCCAACCACGGCGCAGAAGGGGAGAUGACCGCUGAACGUACGGAAGACGCUCCGAGCCUUCUGCUCUGCUGCAUUCUCCGUGUGAUGAACGUCAUGAAUGUCAUUCUUUCUGCCGCUUGUAGAUUUUGCAAAGGCAUUGGAGCAUGAGAGUGUGGUCAAGAAAUGCCACCAGAUGGACAUCGCUGUGAUCGAUGCCGACGACAUGUUCUCAGUACUUGACGUCAACGGCAAUGGAACGCUAUCACUGGAGGAGUUCCUCGAGGGCAUGCUCCGCAUCAAGGGAUCCGCCAAGUCGAGACACCUGCUCAAUGUCCAGAACGACCUCCACCGGUAAAGAGGAACACACAUCGAUCGAUGCAGAGUAGGCAGUCAGUGGUGCUCCGUCUCCUUAUUUCAGUGUGGCGCGUAACAUCAACUAUCGUCUGAAGGAUCUGGAGAUCAGGACGGAGCAGCGGCUGACUCAGCUGUCGGCUGACAUCGCCGCGCAGAUAGCCCGGCUGGAGGAGAACCUGGAGGUGUUGGUCAAGGGAGAGUCGGGAAUGACGUCGGUGUCAUGCUUGGAGGCCUCCUCGCCCGUCGGCAGGAGGAAAAAUGAACAUGACGUGACGAAGGCCCCCGCGGCCAGUGAGGUCGCAGGAAUCGAUGCCGCCAGCAAAGAAAGAAGUCCCAGCUCGUCUCCCAAGUCGCCCUCAAAGGGCCCUGUUCGCCUUGCCCCUGUCCACCUCGACGACUCACAGCUCUCCAGCUCGUGGCUUGGCAGGGCCUUCCACUCUCAUUCGCAGCCAUCCAUCCCCCCCGCCGCCAUCCCGUCCACGCGGUCGUCGCCAUCCGUUUCUCCCACGAGCAUCCUGCGGACCGGCGACAGCAGCAAAGGUGGCAACAAGUACAAGAAAAAACUCUCCAUCACUGAGGUCUCGCGACUCCCCGGAGCCACGUAUAGCCCCAGCAGUAGCAGCGCCGAGGGCGAGACAGACGAUGACCAUCGCCGGCGGAUGGCGCAAGUGUCUCUGUCUCAGUCGUAUGAUUCGACUCGGCUGAGGGAAGCCUCACAAGGGAUGGGGGAAGCGGGGUCGCAGUCGAGCGCUCAGCUGGGUGGCGGAGGGGCGGGUGGCAUGACGGCGACGAUUCCCUUGCCCGCCCGGCCAAUCGUGUAUCCCAAACCAAUGGAAGGCAGGACAGCGGGCGGAAAAGACAAGAGCAGAGGGGCCAAGAAAUGAGUCGGGGAGGGAGGCAGGGAUGGGGAGAGGGAGGGAGGGGUGUGUGAAUAUCGCAGCCAGAGAUUGUCGAAUGGAGAUUGAGUGUCUGAAUCCACUGAUGUCCUCCACCGAUGUCCUCCGUGCAUGGAGACACAUCCAUUUGUCAUACCUUC